CUCUGGUUUUCCCACUCUCAACUCUAUCUCUGUUUUCACCUUUAACCCUAAUUAAGACCAAAUUCAAACCCUCCCUUUUAUAUACCUUCUCCUUCUCAUUCCUUCGUCUUCAUAUUCCACAGAGAUGGUUUGAGUAUUUCACAUCUCUGUGUCAUUAGAAAGAAUCAUAAGAAACAGUGCCUUUUAGCUACUGUUGCUCUGUUUUUGUGUGUUCGUCCUUGGGCACGGUUGAAUUAUCUUGUUUUGGGUGAUACCCAGAUCGAGUUUUGACGUGUUUAAGAGGUUUAUGCAAUACCCAUCUCGAGUUUGGGAGGUGUUUUGUUGGAGUCCCCUGUUUUGGAAGGUGUUGAAUUAAAGGUUUUGUGAAUUUUGAAUGGGGAUUAAGACGACUUUGGUUGAUUCAAAAGGGGAGAAGUUGAGUGAAUUGCCUUCGGUUACUGAGAAUUCGAAUAAGAACAGCAACGCCAAUUCGAAUUCUAUUACCAAUACCGAUAAGAAUAGCAGUUCUAAGAAGAACCGGCGACGACCGAAGAAGAUGUUUUGCCCAAUUCAGAAGCUUUAUGACACUUGCAAGGAUGUGUUUACCUUUGGUGGGACAGGGGUUGUUCCCUCUCCCGAGAAAAUCGAUCUUCUACGUUCUGUUUUGGAUGACAUCAAGCCGGUGGAUGUUGGCCUGACUCCGGAUAUGCCAUAUUUCAGGAGAUCAUCAGUCCGGAGAACUCCUCCUAUAACAUAUUUGCACCUUCAUGAAUGUGACAAAUUUUCUAUGGGGAUCUUCUGCUUGCCACCAUCAGGUGUCAUUCCUCUUCAUAAUCAUCCUGGAAUGACUGUUUUCAGCAAGCUUCUGUUUGGGACAAUGCAUAUCAAAUCAUACGACUGGGUGGCGGAUGUCCCUUGCAACACAUCUUCUAUUGUGAAUCCUUUAGAAAUUCAGCGUCCUGAAUUGCGAUUGGCAAAGGUUAAGGUUGAUUCCGACUUUGCUGCACCUUGCAACACCUCAAUUCUCUAUCCUGCUGAUGGAGGCAACAUGCACUGCUUCACUGCCGUGACAGCCUGUGCUGUGCUGGAUGUGCUUGGCCCUCCAUACUCCGAUCGUGAAGGCAGGCACUGCACGUACUACCUAGACUUUCCGUUCACUAAGUUUUCUGUUGAUGGUGUAUCAGUGCCUGAAGAGGAAAAAGAAGGCUAUGGAUGGCUCCAAGAGAGGGAGAAGCCUAAAGACUUGUCUGUAGUUGGAGCACCAUACCGAGGACCAAAGAUAGUGAAGAAGUGAUUUGGUUGUCUGCAUCAUCUUUCCUUCCAUGUUGUUAAUGGCUGCUUCUAGUUCUAUGCAGCAUUAGAACUUUCCUGUCAUUUUCAUUUUUCUGUGCUUGGUUAUUUUUUAACUUUGGUGGGUCAUUAAGCACCUGGGGGGUGCUUUUUCAUUCUACAAUUCUGUACAUAAAAGUUAAAAAAAGGGAAAAAAAGAAGCAACAAAAAGAGAAGUGUUGGAACUUUUUAAGUGUGCACCGGAAGAAGUUGUAGCUCAAUGAAUGAGUAAACAUUAAAAGUGCACUAUUUUUUUAAA